CGCGAAGUCAAUGAACAUCGACGUCUCGGUACCAUUGACCCUCUGUACAACCUCGACACGACCAUGUAAGCUAAGAUAUAGCCAGCAGGCCUGGCUAAGGUUCCCUCACAAUAAGAUGUCUCUCCUACUAAACGAGGACUUCACACUCUACCGUCUCCGCCUGGGCUAUCUCACCAACGCGCCGGAUGGCAUCGGCGAGCGCCUAAUCAGUCUUAACACAGCCGUUCUCAAUGAACCUGCCUUCCGCGCUGCUGGCUGGCUUCCGGACACGGCAGCCAUAAAGCGGUGCUACAGCCCGCCCAUACCGACUACAGGCGCGGCGGACUAUUUCAACCGGCCCAGCCGCUCACGGCACGAGCUUGUGGAAAGCCCGGAGGAGACGCAAAAUGGACUCAUCAGUGGGCAUAGAGGUAGCGAAGACACCUUAGGACCCAGCGCGCUGACGGAGAAGGAAAGGCGGCGGAGGAAGAAGGUGCAAGGGCAGAAUCUGGAAGAGGAUGACUCUAGUGACUUGAGCGAUGACAGCGAUGAAGAUGAUGUCACGGGAGUGGCGAGCGUGACAUUUGCAAAGAUGCCCAUGCGACGGAGAAGAGAAGGUCCAAGUCCGAUCAGGGAGAGCACAGUCACUUUGAGACCAGGGGAUGUGGAGGCAGAGGCAGAGGUGGAGACGGACAGCGAGGGUGGGCCGGAGGUGAAGGUUAUUAGUCCCUCAUACGGGCCGAGGACGAGCAGCCUGGCUGCAUCGGAGGCGCUGAACGUGGUGACUGGAAAGACUGGCACGAGGCCACGGCGUGAUACGACUACGAGCAGCGAGAUGAGUUCGGAGAACGAAGCAUUGGGUACGGCGGCGACGACUAGGCUUGGCAAGAAGUUGUCCAAUCGCCCGCAACAAGGUGCGCUGUUGUCAGAGAAGAUCGCAGAAGAGGGGCCGGAUGAAAGUGAACAGGACGACCAGGGUGUGGCAGAGGCUGAGGAGGAUGAAGAAGACGUUGAGGUAGCCGAAGCCAGCGAUCUCAGUGACGAAUUCGAGGGAGAUGAUAUUGCCGCUCCGUCGCCUGUGCUGCCAAUUGAUGAAGCAUUGCAGGCGUCCGCAGAGCUUUCCAAGGCGCAGAUUGAGGUCCCACCUGCUAUCACACCCACGCACCAGCCGUCACCAAGGAAGUCGAGAGAUAGCUUGCCGAAGCUACCGAGACUGCCAUCUGGGAAGCCAAUGCCAUCAGUCCCGCUCUCAAGCCUGCUGUCAAUGGCGUUCAAGCAACAAGACGGUACGAACACGGCGGAGAAGCCGUAUCAGAAGUAUGCUGGACUUUCAGGCAAAGGUGAAGCGCAGCCUUUGUGGAUCAAAAUCUACGCACCAUGGUCAAAGCAGGAAGACGAGGCGCUGGAAGUGCCAUUACGGCGAGUGAAGGAUGCCGAAGGUGGCGCCCCGACUGUCAACGAACUUAUCGGACUGGCGCUAUGGCGGUAUGAUGAGGAGGGCUACGAGCCGCCGUUGAAGGGCAAAGAUAGUAAGGUGGAAAACUGGGAGCUGAGGAUGGUCGAGGACGGAGAGGUAGACAUGGACUUUCCGGCCCUUAGCCGGGCGAGGGCAGUCACUGACUUCACGUCAAACAAUAAUCGCCCACCGCAGCGGAGAAUGCGAGAUAAGCCGUGGGACGAGUUUGGCCUUGUCCGAGCAGAGAGCGCUGACGAAGCAGAAUCGGACGGUGACGUGAUGCCCGCCCCAACCAAGCAAGCCGAUGUUCCGACGCCGCCAGCACCGACGAGACAAGCAUCUGAAAUGUCCAUCCAGCCACAAGUGGCACCUACGCCAAUACCGUCUCGCAAUCCUAUCACCGGCCCAUCUUUCACCCUCAAUGCAGCGUCCCGCAAGGACUCCACUGGCCCGCAGCAACUCCUCGACCUUCCCGCCGCGCCCACCGCAACGAGCACACCGCGCAUGGGCCCGGUGAAGACCGUCUCCGUACACUUCACAGACCCGCAGUCCUUCCAAACCACGCUCCUGCCCCUCUCCACCACAGCCGACACUUACAUUGCCGAACUCUUCGACCUUGCCUGUGCCCGUCUCCGGCUCGACAAAGCCCUCUACGUGUUCAAAGUCCGCGGCACGCAAACGGUAGCGCCCUCAGACCGAACGGUCGAAGCCCUGGGCUCUAAUCUCCACCUGGACCUCGUGCGUCGCCGCUUCGGCGCGGUCGGCGACUUCGGUCUCGGCCUGUCAGGAAGUCCUGGCUCCAGCUCGCCAAAUGCGCCUCUGGAGCUUGUGCCAAACACUCCGCCCACGGCGAAAGAAGUCGGCAAAGGUCUCUACCGCCGCAAAGGCUUCAACAUGACCAUGCACAACCCUCUGACCACAACCGUCAGCAACACGAUCACCACGACAACCCUCCAGAACUCCACACUGGACCUUGCAGCCCCUACCGACGUCGGCCGGCGCUACGUAGUGCAGCGCAAACUCCCGCUCUCCUUCUCCGGCUCGCACCCCCGUACGCUGGUCAUUACGCCGGAGUACAUGCAGAUCCUGCCCGCCCCGCUACCCGGGAGCGAAGAGGGCGCCGUGGGGCAGGGAGGGAAGGUGACGAACGUGCCGAUGACGAGUAUUGUGGGUGUGAAGGUGAGUCGGAAGCAUCCGAAGAUGAUCCGGGUGUUGGUGUAUAGAGAGAAGGAGACGAAGAGGUAUGACUUUGAGUGUGGGAGCCACGAGGAGGCGGAGAGGAUUGUGGCGGAUAUUAGGGUUGGGCUGGGGAGUAGUGGCGGAUUCGAUGGGGGUGGGGACGAUGGUGGGUGAGGGAGUGCGAAAGUGAAAGCGGAACACUUCAAUCGUUGGAGUUGACGGCCUUCUUAAGCCGACAGCCAAAUCCACCUCAGUAUCUCCAGGCUGGGCGCUCGCUUUGUGA